AUGGAGCAGCAACAGCAGCCAUCGUCUCAACAGCAACAGCCAGCACAAAUGUCUUCCACCAAUCCGCAGCCGGGGGGAAAUCCCGGAGGAGGCUCGGGUACAACGGGGACAACCGUGCCCCCACCCGUACCACCCUCGACGCGGAAGAAAACGGGAAAGUUCCUCGGGUCGGCACUGAACAUCACCAAUCGGUACCGGGCUAACAGCAGCAGCCUGAGUAAGGUGAGCCUCGCCAUUACGAAUCUGAAGGUGAUCCAGUGCAAUCCAGUGCUACCGCCACCGAUCAGCGCAAUGAUUGCGUCGGACAUUCCACCGAUCUGCAAGUACCUACCGUCCUACCGGCUCGGCUCCCGGAAUCCGUUCAAUCGGGAAGCGUGCGAGGCUAUACUGCGGGAAGCAUUGGACAAAUCUUUGCAAGGUGUCGAGUACAGUUCGUACUUUGCGCCAUCGCUGUGCCAACAAAUCUGCGAAGACAUCAAGGCGCGCGUCAAGGAGCUAAAGUUUGACAGAUACAAAAUCAUCGUCACCGUUACCAUCGGCGAACGCUACAUGCAGGGACUGAAGGCAAUCACCCAGUUCCUGUGGGACCCGGAGAAGGACAACUACGCCACGUGCAUCUACGACGCAUCACCGAGUCUGGUUGCCGUCGGGACGAUUUACGCCAUCUAUUUCGAUUAG